AUGGUGGAGCGCUUCAACCGCACGGUGAAGACCAUGCUGAGCAUGUUCGUUGACGAAAAUCAGGACGACUGGGACGAACAUCUCCCGUACGUGAUGAUGGCCUACCGUUCCUCUCAGCACGACAGCACUAAGUUUACCCCGAACAUGCUCAUGCUUUGCCGGGAGGUGGGACUUCCGCUGGAUGUGGUGGUGGGCCUGCCGAAGGAACAGACAGCUGAGAAUGCAGGGGAAAAUGAAGAUGAAUUUGAUUCUGCUCUCCGGGUGCUUGACAGACAUUUCAAACCCAAACUGAACGUGGUUGCUGAAAGAUACAGAUUUCGCAGACGUUCACAGUUGCCAGGGGAAUCCGUUGAUGAUUACAUCCGAGAGCUACGUGCCUUAGCAUCAUCGUGUAACUUUGGUAACAUGACAGAUGAGCUGAUCAGGGAUCAAUUUAUUGAGCGCACAUACUCUACUCAGAUUCGAGAGCGCCUACUGCUUGAACCAGAUUUGACACUUACUGAUGCAAUUACAAUUUCGCGUCAAGUCGAGUCGGCAUUGCGUGAAUCCAAGAUCAUCGGGGAGAAUUCUAGCCAUACUCCAGAGGCAGAUGUACAUGCAGUUACACACCGAAAACCCCGACAGCAAAAUCGCAAACCACGCAAGCAUCGCAACACUACAGGGCACCCUCCGCAACAAUCGAGACCAGCACCGCUGCAGUCACAGAUUUGCUACCGCUGUGGUGAACAAUCGCACAAAGCAAAUGAUCCAAACUGCAAAGCCAAGUACGCUACAUGCUCUAAAUGUGGAAAAAUAGGGCAUUACGCACGUGUUUGCCGGUCUGGACAGAGAUUUCAAUCUACACGCAAUCAGGUUCAGGGAGUGUUCACCAGUGAUAAUCCCGUUGCACCUCAUCCAGACUAUCAAGACUCCAAUGUCUUGACCAUUCAGCACAUUGCACAUGCUGAUAGUGUCAAAUGCUCCGUACUCCUUGGCCAAUCCGUGCAACUCGCGAUGACUGUUGAUACUGGCGCUGCCGUGUCAAUAAUUCCUGCAUCCACAUUCGGAAAGUUCUUCGCACGUGAGGCAUUGCAACCUUCAACAGCUAAACUCACUACUUACCUGCACGAACCGAGUACAGUACUGGGUACAUUCCACACCACUGUUCGUCUUGCGAGUAAUCCUGAGCGUUGUGUUCCUGCGCACAUUUUCGUUGUACAGUCUGGCAUCGCUAUCAUGGGACUAGACUUGAUCCGACGCCUGGAUAUUACAAUCACAGGUGGUAAGGUCAUGCUCGUGAAUGGGAACGACUCGAAACCUCCAUCGUCAACUCCUCCAGCUCCGACUGCAACUACUCCAUCCGACCAAACUUCAAUGGACAUGCGCAAACAAUACCCCGAGCUCUUCAAUGGGAAAGUUGGACUUGCAAAAAACUACGUACACAAAGUCAAAGUACGCCCAUCCGUCCCUCCAAUGCAGCAAAAACUCCGAAAUUUGCCAUUCUCGGUACGCGACGAAGUGGCAAAUGAACUGAAACGUCUCGAAGACGCAGACAUCAUUGAGCGUAUCGACGCCAGUGAAUGGGUGUCACCACUGGUGGUCGCAUACAAGAAAUCCGGAAAGGUGAGACUUUGUGUGGAUCUCCGCGAAGUCAACAAAGCAGUCGUUGUUGAUAAGUAUCCACUUCCAAACAUUCAAGAACUACUAGGGGAACUCCAUGGAGCUAGUGUUUUCAGCUCCCUUGACAUGAAUUCCGCGUACCAUCAACUACUACUACAUGAAGAUUCGCGUGAUCUCGAAGCCUUCAUUACACAUGUUGGUUUGUUCCGCUUCAAGCGCGUCUGUUUUGGAUUGGCAUCUGCACCGUCGGCUUUCCAAAAACUCAUGUCGUGUGCUCUAAGUGGUCUUGCUGGAGUACAAUGUUACCUAGACGACAUUGUCAUCUUCGGUCGCGAUCAAAAGGACCAUGAUGCCAAUCUCUCCGCAGUGCUGAACCGCCUUACAGAACUAGGUGUCACGCUGAACUAUGACAAAUGCCACUUCAAUUUGUCAAACCUCCGCUUCUUGGGCCAUACCGUUUCGUCCGAAGGCCUUACUCCAGAUCCAACACACGUAGAGGCUCUACUAAAUGCUCCAAAACCUACCGAUCCAUCUACACUCCGAUCCUUCAUGGGACUUGCGUCAUACUACGCCAGAUUUGUGCCAAAUUACGCAAGCAUGGUUGAACCACUCCGCGCACUCCUUCGCAAGGACACUCAGUUCAUUUGGUCUGAGGCUGCUCAAUCGUGCUUCGAGUUACUCAAACAGCACAUUUCCAAUGCUACUACACUUGCGCUGUUUGACCCCGAUCUUCCUACCAUCGUAUCUACUGAUGCUUCAGCUUACGGCAUCGGUGCGGUACUCGCACAGAUUAAGAACAAUCACGAAGUUCCUAUCGCGUUCGCUUCUCGCUCUCUUACAACUACGGAACGCAAAUAUUCAGUCAGCGAACGGGAAGCACUUGCAUGCGUGUGGGCAUGUGAGAAAUGGUACAAGUACUUAUGGGGCCGUCAGUUUACACUUCGAACUGAUCAUCAAGCUCUAACUACAUUGCUGUCCACACGUGGCACUGGCCACAAACCAAUGCGGAUCGCCAGGUGGGCUGCUCGUCUGCUGAAUUUCAACUACACUGUCGAAUUUCGUGCUGGUGCGCACAAUAGAGUGGCUGACGCUCUAUCUAGACUGCCACUGCCUACUACAGUGCACGCAACCGAACAUACUGAUGAUGAAAUCAUCGUCCAGUGGAUUUCAGCACUACUUGUUGAUGCUUCCGCUAUCACCAAAGCUGACCUCCAAAGUGCUACAAGGACAGAUACAAUCCUUAAGUCCGUGUCGGAAUACAUCACAUCCGGUUGGCCUGCUAAACAGCACAUUACAACUGAACUACAACCCUACUUCAACCUCCAGGAUGAACUUUCAGUUGCUGAUGACUGUAUUCUGCGAGGUGACCGUUUUGUCAUACCUACUGCUCUACAGUCUAGCCUGAUUACCAUUGCGCACCAAGGACAUCAGGGAAUUGUACGCACCAAGCAACGACUUCGUGACUGCUAUUGGUGGCCAGGUAUGGGCAAACAGAUAGAACACCAAGUUCGUCACUGCGCAGCUUGUCAAGUCAGUGACAAGACAGCAUACAUUCGCACUCCACCAUUGCAACCAGUACCUCUUCCAGCUCAUCCAUGGCAAAAGAUUGCCAUUGACAUUUGUGGUCCCUUUGAGCAUGGUCCACAAAACUGCCGAUUUGCAAUCGUCUUGAUGGACUACUACAGUAAGUGGCCAGAGGUCGCGUUUGCCGCUGAUGCCACUUCACAUUCCGUCUGCUCCAUGCUUGAUUCUAUUUUUGCGAGGGAAGGGUUGCCUAACGAGUUGGUUUCUGACAAUGGGAGCCAGUUCGUCUCCACAGAGUUCGAGUCUUAUUUGAUCCAGCGAGGAAUUAAGCACAUCCGCACUUCACUUUACCAUCCGCAGGCAAACGGACUCGUCGAGCGAUUUAAUCGCGUUCUCAAACAAACUCUCCAAAUCGCAACUCGCGAACACCGACCUUGGAAAACUGCAACGCUUGAGUUACUGACAGCAUACAGAUCCACCGCUCAUGCAACUACAGGUAAAUCGCCAGCAGAACUCUUGCACAGUCGCCGAAUGACAACUACCCUGAACAUUCGCCCUACAGAGAUCAGCCAAGAAGAACCAGCUGAUAUUCGUGAUCGCGUUCGCAGUACUCAGACAAAGUACAAGCGAUACACAGACCAGAAGCGUGGUGCAGUACAUCCGCGUUUCCGAACAGGAGACUAUGUACGUGUUAAGAAUCCUAGACAUGUGCAUAAGGGUUCAAAUCGCUAUGGACCUCCUCAACGCAUCACACAGUCCAAGGGUCCAUCCACUUACCAGCUUGAAGAUGGCCGAACAUGGAAUGCAACACACCUUACCAUGACUCAUAAACUGCCAAACCAAAUGCCUACGACUCCAAGACAACCAGCUACACCCAAACCACAGAACCGUCCUAAGAGACAACUGCAGCGCUGGUGGGAGGGUACCUUUGUGGUGGUAAGGAGGAUAAAUGACGUCACGUACCAGAUACAGAGGUCUCCACGGGCCAAAGCAAAAGUAGUAGACUACAACCGACUAAAGCAAUACCUGGGCGAUGCCAAGGUGGAUUGGUGGAGACGCGCAGCUCAGGGACCUUUGGGGGUGAAGGAUCAAGCCUCGGAGGCAGGACUACCAACAACCCUUGACCGACGGGAGGUUAUGCUUCCAGAUCCAACAACCACUACUAACCCGGACGACCCACCAGCCGACGGGGGUGACCAGCGAUGGCUCCAGUGGUUUGCCUCAACUGCGGAAGGACCUUCGGCAGGAACCGGAGUCAGAACAGCAGACAUCGAUUCGGCCAGGCCGCAGGUAGAAGCCCCGGAACCCAGUCCCGACCGACGCUGGCGGAGGAGGGAAUGCAGACAGAGUCCCCGGCGUCUAUAG